CGGGCGCGGGGAUCGCCGGGCGCCUGCGCAGGCAUCCGCCAGGUGGGCAGGUACCUGGGCGGGGCGCGCCGUGGUUGGCGGCGGCGGGGGCCGAGCCCCCGGAAGAGCCCGCGACUCAGCCAGAGCAACAGGCUGCCGGCGGGGGGCUGGAGCUGGGGUGGACCGGGCCCGCCAUGGACAAGCUGAAGAAGGUGCUGAGUGGGCAGGACACCGAGGACCGGGGCGGCCUGUCCGAGGUUGUUGAGGCAACUUCAUUAAGCUCGGGCACCAGAAUAAAAGGCUUCAUUGCCUGUUUUGCUACAGGAAUUCUCUGCUCACUGCUGGGAACUCUUCUGCUCUGGGUGCCCAGGAAGGGACUGUACCUCUUCGCAGUGUUUUACACCUUUGGUAACAUCGCAUCUCUUGGGAGCACUGUCUUCCUCAUGGGACCAAUGAAACAGCUGAAGCGAAUGGUAGAGCCUACGCGUUUGAUUGCAACCAUCAUGGUGCUGUUGUGCAUUGCGCUUACCCUGUGUUCUGCCUUUUGGUGGCACAAUAGAGGGCUUGCUCUCAUCUUCUGCAUUUUGCAAUCUCUGGCCCUGACGUGGUAUAGCCUUUCCUACAUACCAUUCGCAAGGGACGCUGUGAAGAAGUGUUUUGCUGUAUGUCUUGCAUAACAUACGGCCGGUUUUGCAAAGCUUUGGAAGGCAUGGUGGAUGGAAGCUCGUGGACCGUGUUCAGGAGCUGAUAAGCUGACGAUGGGCUUGGAAAUGUACAAAACAUUUCCUGUAGACGGGAUGAGCUGGAAGCAGGAAAGAGUGUGUUCACUAGACAGGAGGAACAUGGCUAUUUGGAGUGAAAGGUCAGUCCACAACAUCAUAAUAAACAGUUACUACUGAUGUGUAUAUUCACAACAAAGUAAUGACACUACACUUAAUAAACAGCACCAAAAAAUAGACAUAGCAUGGACAAAAGUUCCCUGAUACACAUGGCUGCCUAGACUUAAUAUCCUUGUGGAUCCUUGGGAGGCAUCCUUUGAGACCAGACUGAGACUUGUCAGAGAAUGUUGGUCUCUGCCUGUUGAACUUCCAUACUGCAAGAAGAAGCAAUGAGCCUUAAGUACAGAUGAACCUUGUGUAAUGUCUUAAAGGAGAACCAUAGUUUACAUGCAAUCUUGUGGUCUUUUUGCUCUGAGAAGUGCUUAUUUUGCCUUUUUCAAUGUUUUUGCUUGACUUCGCCAUUUGGAACAAGGAAAAAAAAAAAAAAUUAAAACCUCUGAACUCUGAUCUUUCGCUGCUUUUGUACAUUCUGAUUGUGCAGUUGAGGGUAAGGAUGUUCAGAAGCCCAUGGGGAAUUUAUAUGCUUUCAGAACAUUGUGCCUGUUUUAGUAUGAUGAGCUUUUAAAACACUUUGUUAAAACAUCAAUUUUUGUAACUGUAUAGAUACUCAGCUAAUUUUGAAUGCUGCUGGUGGCAUACCUAAAUUUUCAUAUUGCAAAAUACAUUCUUGUGUGCUGCUUUUCCUACCUUGAGAUGCUGUUUCAUACAGUGAAGAUUGUUUUCUUUUUACUAACUCAUUUCAGAGAAAGAAUUUUACUGUUAAGUAAGCUGUUUUUUUCCCCCAAAUAUCACAAAACAAUUCUUUUUUUUUUU